AUGUCAGGUGAACGAGGAGACAGUCCAAGUUUUGAAGAAAUCGCAAUAAAAAUAGAACAAGAUGAUUUCCCACAGGGUAAAAGGCUCAAGAAAGCACAAAAAGCAAUCCGGAAGAGAAGCUACAGUAAUGAUGAGACCUUAUUGGAAUACCAAAAGAAUAUUUGUCAGUUUGGGACCUCUGAGGAAGGACUGCUAGUAGCACCAACUUGUGGGAGCAGAAAUAACCAUACUAAGCAAAGACUCGAGCCGAAAAGAGAAUCGAAUAAAUUACCAACUCAUAGUUCAAAGAGAAUCUCUUUUACUGGAAGUUACUCUUCGAAUCAUUGUGAGUCGGUCUCAGGUAUGGAAUCAACAAUAGGAGAGAGUGCCUCUUCUUUGACCUUUAUUCAGUCAUUAAAAGAAUGUCAGACAGAGAGGAGAUCACACAAGGCUUUUAAAGAUAAAGAGUAUACUCAAGAACUAGCAAUGCUAAAAGAUAUGAAUACCUUCAAAGACGACUUGCUCAGAUGCUUCUCAACAAAGCUUAAAACGCUUCAAGCUGAAAAUCAAUCCUUCAGACAACAAGCUGCAAAAGAUAAAUCUCAAAUAGAGAUGUAUAAAGAAGAAUCUAAGGCUUAUCAGGCUAAAAACAACACUUUAAAAUCAAAAUUGCUCCAUUCAGUUAAAUUUAUGACAAAUACCACUUCGAUCAAUGAAGACAGCACCAGCGCCAAUAUUCUACACAAAACCCUCAGAGAAAAUGACGAACUGAAAGAUAAAGUAUCUCAAAUUACUCAGGAAAAUGAGAUACUCCGGAAACUUCUGAACCUUCACCUAGAAAACAACUCUUUCAAAUCUUUCCAAAAUGAAAUCGAGAUCAUGGAAAAAGAGGCUCAAACUGAGAAGGGGCUCAUUCCCAGUACUGUUCAGGAGGACCUUGAAAAGCAGAGUUACAAGCCAAUUCUCAAAACAAGUAUUAGAGACAGAGUAAAAAGAUGAAAGAGAAAGAGAACGGAAAGCUUUCACUACAGUGACUUUGGAGACACUUCCCCUGAAGAUGAAGAAGGACAAGACACUACUUUGAAUAAACUCAGACGGAAAUCUCAGAGGAUAAGCCAAUUCUCCUCGGGUUAUUCUAUGCAAGCUAUUGAGAAUUUAAGGAAGGAAGCAGAAAAUGAACAAUCAGAGGACAAAUCUGCCUUUAGCUCAUCUAGUUCUUCAAAAAGUGAUCAAGGUGAAAAUGAAGAUAAAGAAAAGAUUGAAGACAAAAAAGAGGAUGAAGAAAACCAGCCUGUAGAGCAGAUGAAAUUCGACAAAAGAGCAAAACUUUGACCCCAGAAGAGAGCUAGAAUCAAAUCUAGUGACCAAGUAAACACACUAAAAGGAAUAUCUCCUCUAAAUUUUCAUAAGCGUACUCGUAGCAACGAAUCGAGUGAAGAUGAUUCCUUUGGUUUUAAUCUCAAGAAAGGAGGUGGCUAUAAAAUGUCGAUGAAGGCUCCAGAGAAUAAUGAGGAAUCGACAAAGGAUAAAAAUGAGCUCCCAUCAAGCUGAGAAAAUAAAAUAGAUAUCCCAGAAAAUGAUGAAGCUUAUUUUUCAAGUUUUAAUAAAAACCCGGUUUCAAAUUCAUCUAUAAAGAAGAGAAUAAGGCGUGUCAAUAGUCUUGUUGAUGGAAAGAUAGAUAUUUCAGCAGAGGAUCUCCCAAGCUCUGAUUUUAACAAGCCUACUAAGAUAAGAUACUCGAUUCACAGUAUAAUAGAGGAAGAAAAAUCUAAAUCCUCUAGUUCUACCUCUUCUGUCAAGAGUAGUGAUGACUUAACAUUUUAUUUUAACAUGAAUCCCAAUUCGCUCAAAAGGAAGAAAUCUUCAUUUUGAACAAUGACAUCUGUGGCAUCUCAAGCUCAAGAAUCAGAGAGUGGCGAGAAAACUCCAGGAUCAACUAAGCGACUGCCAUUCUUUAAAAUUAAGAAAUACACUGACUCUCACCUAAAUUUCAUUGGUGAAACUCCAGAUAAAUCAAUAUCUGGAAAGAAGAGGCUUAGAAGGAAAUCAAUGGCAAUUAUUUUAAAAAACCUAGAGUAAGAUACAAUCAAACCUUCUCUAAGACCAGAAGAGGCUGAGGACUUUUUGCUUAAAGUAUUUCUAUCGUUGUUGAUAGUAAUGAUACUGAUGAUAGCAUAACAUUCCUUGAGCCUAGCACUCACUACAAAUCAUGGUUUAAAUUUUAAUAAUUGUACAUAUUUACACUU